GGGUUCAUCAGUCAAAGCCCGCUCACAGGUGUGUUUGGGUUUUAUUACUUACAGCUGUGGUGAGCGCCGCUCUUUCCAAACCUGUCAGAGGCCAAGAAUGGACGUCAACCUUCACAGAAGCCCUUCUUGGUGGAUUAUCGUCCUUAUUUCGUUUUCUGCACUCACAGAAAGCCGGUUAGUGCAGAAUCGCUCCAGCGACAGAGCAAACUCAAACUUCCCUAGCGGGACUCAUGGAAACAUCCAGCCUCAGUUGGCUGCGGUCCAGCAGCAGCAGCAGAAAAGCGCGGGGCUCAGCAUGCGGCCUCGACCCAUCGUGGUCCACUGCCACCCGGACUCAAUUCGGGUUGUGGUGCAGGCUGACAUGUUUGAUAAGGGCUUCAAGGUGGACGGCCGACAUCUGCACCUGGGCUUGAGUUCAGUGAGUGAAGGGAGUGCAUGUGUAGCAGUCCCAUCAGGAGAGGCGGAAAAUACCAUCCAGGCAUUCCUUGGGGAUUGUGGAACUAAACUUUCGUCGACAAAAGAGAAGAUUAUCUAUUCUAAUGUUCUGGUCUACUCUCCUGAACCUUCCCCUGAUGGUUUGCUUAGACUGGAUGGAGCAACUAUUCCAGUUGAAUGUCAUUAUGAAAAGAGGUAUUCUCUGGAUGCCAUCUCCCUGCAUCCCACCUGGGUUCCUUCUGUCUCCACGAUUUCAGCAAAAGAUCAGAUAGACUUCAAUCUUCUACUGAUGACUGGUGAUUGGCAGUUUGAGAGGGGAUCUCAUUCCUACUUCUUGGGUGAUCCCAUUCGUUUUCAAGUUUCUGCCAUCAUGGGUAACCACAUGCCCCUGCGAGUUUAUGUCGACCAUUGUGUUGCCGAAUCAACUCCUGAUGCAGAGGAUACAUUAAGAUAUUACUUUAUUGAGCAUUAUGGAUGUCUAACUGAUGCUUACCUGACCAACUCAAAGUCACACUUCCUACAAAGAGUUGAAGAGCAUAAGCUGAGGUUUCAGGUGGAGGCCUUCAGGUUCUACCAGGCACCCAGCAAUCAGGUCUAUAUAAGCUGCUUAGUGAAGGCUGUUCCAGCUGUACUAGCUGUCAACUCUCAAAACAGGGCCUGCUCUGUAAUUGACAACAGGUGGAGGUCAGUUGAUGGGAAUGACAAGGAGUGUGGAAACUGUGAUAUCUCCCAUGGGGUUGAGGAGCCUCUGGCAACAGAACCCCCUAACACUAUCAUCGGCACCACACCAUGGUCCACCAAGACUUCACACAGGAGUUUAGUCCAGAACAAACCCGAGCAACCCGAAGCACAUUUUUUCCGUGUUCGUCCAGGAACUCAACAGAGCCAACACAACAAACAUCAACAAACCUCUGCUAGAGUAAUGAAGAGGGGAGCUGAGUACAAAGCAAAGCGAACUAUCCAGUUGGGACCCAUUACUGUCCUCUCAUCUGACAAAUUUGACAAAAAUCCAUCAGAUUCCAAAACAGUUCUUUCACCAAAGAGACGGACCUCCUGAAUGCUGCCUUGUACAGGAAUAAAACAUUUUGGACCGAACAACACAACCCCUGUGAAAUACAGAGGUAGAUCUGUCAUUCUUAAUCCCAUCUCAGCUGGAAUACAUUUUAUUUUGAGCAAUUUUCACAUUUCAAAUGAGUUCAUGUUUUUUCUGUACAAAUAACAUUUUUUCCGAAUAAAUAUUUUACUUUAA